UCUGGUAGUGAGUCUCGCUCUGUAUAGCCUACAAGAUAAUGAACCUCCCGCUUUAUCCGGUCGAAGCCGAAAGCUGUCUUCCGUUGUUUACAUUUUUACAGCCUGUCCGUUAGCUAGCUAGUAACUGGUGAAAAACAUGCUAACAGCUUUUCUAAAAUGAAGGCUUACAGUUGAUCAGGUUUAGCUAUGUACUUAUAACCGUUUGCAUCAUCAUUCCACCCAGUUGUUGUUGUUGGGUCAUGGCUCCAGAUCGCUGCUGGUGCUGUUUCUGGGUAACGUUGCCGCUCGUCCUGCUGCGGGGGCCGGGACUGCUGGUCGCCGCGGACCAGGUCGCUCAGGUGGAGGUUUUCCUGGAGCAGCGGCCCGGCGUCAGCGCUCUGCUCCAGGGGGACGUGUUGGAGUCCGGCAGGGGCGGCAGGAGCUCCGAGGACCGGGAUGAAGAGCUGGAGGGAGAGCUGGUCCUGGUCCAGAAUGAGGAGACACAGGUGAGCGCAGGAAAAGACGAGGACGACACCAAAGAGCAGGAGCCGUGGAUAGGAGUGGUGCCUGUGGAGAUGGAUGACAGCAAAGCCUCCACGGGAAACCAGGAGUCCUUUACUGAUGCCAUGGUCAAUAAGAUGAAGCGAGCAUUGGUCCUUGGAGCAUCUGCACUGAUCAUUCUAGCUCUGAAUCAAAACACUGUCAGUGAGAUGGAUCUAUCUCAGGUGCUGUCCAAGCCCAUUAUUGUGAUCCAGACGUCUGAAAAUGUCACUAAGAUGAUCGGAGCUUUGCUCAGGGGUCUUCAGGCGACAGCAAAAAUCACAUACAAGACAAUCCUGCAGGACGACCUGGGAGCCACGCUCACGCUGUGGUCCAGCUGUGGUCGAUCGAGAGGAGGUCGCUACGGAGAGUGGCAGGGGGUCAUCUGUACGGGAGAGACCAACUCUCAGGUCCAGAAGUACUUGCAGCAGCUGUGGGACACUGUGCUCCUGGUGGCUCUGAUCCUCAGCACCGGAGUCAUCGUUCAGGCCCGCUGGCAGUACCAGGACCACCAGCUGAACGAUGACUUGGAGCUCUUUCCGAAACAGGAUGUCCUGAAGAGAAUGUCCUCACUGAAGACCAAAACGUAUCGUCAGCCCAAACCGUGGUGUGACCCGUCCCAGCCGGCGGAGACAGACAACUGUGCAGUUUGUCUGGAGCCAUUCAACAACAACCAGUGUCUACGUGUGCUGCCGUGUCUUCACGAGUACCACAGAGAUUGCGUCGAUCCCUGGCUGCUGCUGCAUCACACCUGUCCUCUGUGUAAACGCAGCAUCCUCGGCAGCGUCUGCAGAGACAGUUAACGGCUGCCUCGGCUCCCACGCCGCAGCUCUGGGAAUCAAUUCUCGUCUCUUCCUCAGUGACUUUUUUUUUUUUUUUUUUUUUUUUAAAUUCUAACCUUGCCCCUUCCGUCUUCCAGCAAUGACUUGUGGGAGCAAAUAUAAACUCGUCACAGCAGCUGGCUGGCCGUCUGGACUGUGGAGUGGUCAGAUUUUGACAUCUGACCUUUGGGCCUCACAGACACACAGUGGCAAUGUAAAAACAAUACUAUGAAGUACUGUAAAGGUACUGUUGUGUGUAAACAGUACUUCUACCUGGGAUCAUGUUACCAAUUGUGGAAAUAUUUAUGUGUGAUUGAUAGCAGUGCAGAUGUAACUCAUAAGGGUGUUUGUGUUCAACGUGACAUCUCACACCUCGACUCUAUUUCUGAGAACUAAGGAGCAACGAGACAUUCUGCUUUAAAAUCGGUAAACACUGAAAACCUGAGCAACCACACGUGAGUCAGUUGUUUGUGUGUGAAAACUCAAUGCUCUCUAGGGGUUUAAGGUGGGACAUAUUGAUGGACUGGCCAGUGUUAACGUUCACUUUAGGUCCAAAUGAUGUCAAUACAAAACUUCUUUUUUUUUUUAGAUUUUUUUGGGGCAGUUUAGGCCUUUUUAUCUGAUAGAACAGCUGAAGACGUGAAAGGGGAGAGAGGAGGAAUGACAUGCAGCAAAAGGCCGCAGGUCAGAGUCAAACCUGGGACCGCUGCGUUAAGUAAACCUCUACAUAUGGGCGCCCGAUCUACAAACUGAGCUCUCUGAGCACCCAAUAACCAACUUAGUAACAGUUUGAAUUUGUCGCUUGUCCAAACUCAUAAUUCAGUAUUCAUUGUUAGUUGUUGAGGUUUUGUAGUUGUAGUCCAGAAGUAACUGUGCUACAGGUAGUAGCAGAUGUGGAAAAAGUGAUUUGCACUUGUCCUUAACAUACCUUAUGACUUAACUGCAGAGUGAAAGAAACCACAAACACACCUCCUGAAUUAUACUUAAGUUGUGUCUGUUAUAGGGCUGUAACAAUUACUGGUGUAAUGGUAAACCACGAUGAAAAUGUUGAACACAAUUGCCGUAUUCAUUUAGAAUAUCUGCAUUAUC